AUCUUCUACUAUUCGACGUCCAUCUUCGAGGGGGCGGGGCUUCAGGACCCGGCCGUCGGCACCAUCGGGACGGGCGUGGUCAACGUGGCGGCCACCGCCCUGUCGGUGGUGCUGGUGGAGCGGGCGGGGCGGCGCGUGCUGCAGCUGGUGGGGCUGCUGGGCAUGAUGGGCUGCGCCGGGAGCCUGGCGCUGGCGCUGACGGUGAGCGGCACCCCGAAAUCCACCCGGGACACCCCGAAAUCCAUCUGGGACACCCCAAAAUUCAUCUGGGACACCCUGAAAUCUAUCCCUGAGAGCCCAAAAUCCAUCCUGGGACACCCCCAAUCCAUCCGGGACCCCAAAAUUCAUCUGGGACACCCCGAAAUUCAUCUGGGACACCCCGAAAUCCAUCCGGGCACCCCGAAAUUCAUCUGGGAGACCCCGAAAUCCAUCCCUGAGAGCCCAAAAUCCAUCCGGGCAGCCCCAAUCCAUCCCGGCACCCCGAAUCCAUCCCGGCACCCCGAAAUCCAACCCCGGGACCCCGAAAUCCAUCUGGGACACCCCGAAUCCAUCUGGCUGGGCGGCCCGUUCUGGGGCGCGGUGGCGCUGGGCUCGGCGCUGGCCUUCGUGGGGUUCUUCGCCGUGGGGCCGGGGCCCCUGCCCUGGUUCGUGGGCGCCGAGCUCUUCCCGCCCGGGCCCCGCGCCGCCGCGCUCGCCCUGGCCGGGCUGCUCAACUGGGCCAGCAACACGGCCGUGGCCAUGGCCUUCCCCGCCCUGCAGGCGCUUGAGGUGAGGCCUCAGGCCCGCCGCGUGCUCCAAACCUCGCGAGAUUUCCCUCAGGGAGCGCGGCGGCGCUGGCGACUCUCGCGAGAUCUCCCCGCGGCACGCCAAGCGCUGAACCCCGCAAAUCCCGCGAGAUCUCCCGAGCAGGGCGGCGCCAUCGCGCCGUAA